AUGAAAUGCACUGUUACCCACCACUCUCUCGUCGGCCCACUGCCGGGCGCUUCCAUCGUAGUCGUAGAGAUUGCAUCCCUCGUUUCUUCCCAGGGCCGUGCUCGCCAGCCGCUGCUCACCACUCGCGUGGUCUUAAGCCAGGGCCUUGAGCCGGCCAUCACGCACGACGUUCACCCACAGCCGGAGACCCGUCUCAAAACCACAUGCGGCGGGACUCUCGGCCAGCCGCAGUACACGACUCGGGUCUUCCUCCCCACCGUAGGACCACCAGGCUGCCGGGAGCAGGGAGCAAUCAACUGGGUCGAUGCUCCCGGAGAUUGGAGAGCGGUGGUGUCUGUUGGUGGUAAUGAGUUUGCGGGGGCCCGCCCAGCGGAGGAGCUGAAUUGGGUUCUAACAAGCUGUUAUUUAUACUUUGACCGGAUCGAUGUCAAGUUCCCUACGGAGUCGCUGAGAUGGGUCGGCCUGCCAGUUCGCCGAGUUCCCGUGGCGCUCGCGCAAGCCCAGUUUGCGAACGACAGAGUGCCGAGGAAAGCGGGCUUUUCAGAGCGGUCCCAUGGCUUGUGGCGGAGUCUAGACAAUAUCACCCUUAGCGCCAGGAUCACAAUCUCUACCGCUUCGAGCACACCGUGA